UAAUAUUCUUUUAAUUACAAAUAUUAAUCGAUCAAACUGUAAAUUCUCAUCGAUCAAUGAUGUCUAAUAUUAUUACACAAAAUCUCUCCUAGAAUCUCAUAAAUCAUAUGAAUUUUUCGACGUAUAAUUCAAGUUUGCAAUGUAAUGCAAAACGACAUGUGUACGACCUACUCUGCCGAGGAAGAGCAUACCAGUCGGAGAGAAAAGAGUUUCCAAUUUUUAUAAAAAAAUUCGUCUGAAAUUUCGAUUUUAAAGAUUCGCGUUUUUUUCCAAAAAAUUUUUAUCUUUUUUUUUUCCUAGAAUCAAAAUUCAAAUUCGUAUUCCACACAUAUUAAUAUAAUCCCUGUAUAAUCCCAUUACGCUCUGUUCAAUUCCGUUCUUUAGUUAACAUUUCGAUUUAUUACUCGAAUUUGCAAUUGUAUUGCAACACGAAUGAGAUGACAAAAAAAAACUGUUGAAAUGGACUAUGUUACCCCGCAGUAAGAAAAUUUAUGAAUAUUCAAUACGAAAGUAAAGCGUGGAAACCGUGAUAGCCAUAAGCAUCGAUGAUCACGAAACGAUCUAGCCCCGGAUUAAACGGAUUUACGCGACUCUCUCUUUUCGAGGUAUCGAUGGCACUUCAAUCAAGCGACCUCUCCCCCCUCCUUGUUCAAACUUAAAACGGUUAUAUUGUAAAUGGAAUAAUUCAAGCUGGUCGUCAUUAACUCGGUUAUGCCGCUCGUUCACGCAGAGACCGUUAUACAAAUGCUUUGCCUGCCAGCCUUCUACAAAUUGCGUUUCGUUCAUCGAAUUUCACGAAGCGCGAAUUUCAAUAAUUAAUCUCGCGGAUACACGGAUUUUCGUUUCAAAUGCGCGCGCUGUGGUAAUAAUUUAAAUUGUUUCGCGGGGAAACGGAGGGGAGGGGAUUGCCAUUAUUCUCCAUCGAAACGUUGUGAUCCGCAGAAGUGAAUGGUAAAUUACCAAGGAGCAUUUAGACCGGUUAUCGUAUUACAAUUAAGCAUUUUAUUGUUGUUAUUGUUCCGGAGAGAGAGAGAGAGAGAGAGAGAGAGAGAUGCGGUUGGCGUCGUUGAUACCUCGCCUCGUGAUAUUAUUCGGUUAUUUCGUUGCCUUUUGUUUAUCAUUUUGUUUGCAGCUUAAUAAUCCUCGGUGUUAAUUAUCGUUGGAUGUUUAUUCGAUCAUUUACGACCUGCUUUUUUAUUAUAUUUUCGUUCGUAAAUUUUUAAUUCGUUGUUAAAGAAGAGAUUCGAAGCGAUGAUGAAGCGAUGUGAUUUGGAAAUUUUAUCUAGUUUUAGAUAGUUUUCGUCCAACGCAAUUUAAUAAACAAGCCUCAAUAUUUUUAUACAUCGAUUUUUAUAUAUAUAUAAUACUCUAAUGGACAUUAUAAAAAUUAAUAUUAAAUUAUCUAAUUAAAACAAGAAACAACGAUUAUCACAUGGAAAUUAAUAUUCAUCGAUACAUAGCAUUGGACGAGAUAGAAUAAUUAGAAUAAUACUGCAACAAGCGCGACUGGAGCGAAACAAGAAUAAUUAGAAUAAUACUGCAACAAGCGCGACUGGAGCGAAACACCUGAAGGGAUAUUUUGCUAUCUAUCGUCUGAAAAUAUCCUUCCUGAGGGAAAGUAUUAUUUCAAGGGUCUCUGGUUUCCCUCGAGAUACCGCAACGAGGGUGAAUAUCGUCGCGACAGUAAACACGAAAGGACGUGAAACGACAAACGUGGCCGAUAUUAAAAUCCAAAGAAAAAGAAACGCCAGUCGGCUGGGUCGAUAUCGAAUCAAAUCGAGACGAGAGAAUCUGCUUCCUCGUAACGCUUCCCUCAUUCUCGAGCAACACGUUUCCUUCUCACGGGUAAUAAUAUCUUUAUCUUCAGCAUCCGAGAUAAUCCUACAUCCAUAAUGAUUUUGACGCAUUAAUAUUUAAUAUUUUAACAAUCCACAGUGAGUUAUAAAUAUUGUCGAUUAUUUGAUUGAGAAAAUUUGGAAAUAUUAGAUCGAACAAUAAAUUCGUGAAAGAAUCAAAAUGAAUUAUAUUAGGAAAGAUAUUAUAAAAUUAGAAUUAUCGUAAAUUAUCUUACGUACGCUUAAAUACGAUACCAUAGUCGUUAAUGUCAACGAGCAAUUUCUAAUCUGAUCUGAAAUUCGAUAUUUACAAAUAUCGAUAUUAAGAAAAAAUAUGAAAGUGCAUUGAAGUCACGUAGCAAAAUUACGAAACACGUUUAAUCACGAUGUAAAAUAUUUCCUCGAUAAAUAAUCAAUUAAAUAACCAAUUUCUCCUUUGAAUACAAAAUCGAAGAAAUAAAACGUAUCUUCUUCCAUCAAACAUACGUAAACGUAAUACGUGUACACAAAAGUGAUCCAACAACGUACCUCUCUCUUUUUCUCUCUCUUUCUCUCUCUCUCUCUCUCUCCCUUUCUCCCCUCCUCGAAAUCCUCGAACGCGGAACGAUCGAGUUUUUCCAAGUUGGAGCGGUGAUUUAAAAAAUUUCGAAAGCCACUCCGCAAAGACAAACGAAGGAAAAAAGCGACGAGCGGAAUUCGGGUUAUCGGCGAUCGUUUCAAUUAUGGAAGACGUUUCCGGGGACAGUGUGCGGGCUACGAACGGCAUCGAUCGAUCGAGCCUGCAUCCGGUGAUCGAGGUCUAACAUGAGGCACGUGACUUGUGGAUGCGCGGCCGCCGGAAAUCAUCCAGGCACCGAAGAAAAAACCCGUUAUGCUGAACGUCGUGGCACCCGGCAAGCUCAUCCUAACCUUGCAAUCGAUACCACCGUUCGUCGUCGAGAGUAUUUUCGCUUUGACGCUUGUCAUCCUGUUGGCGGUACCCCUGAUCCUUCGUUUCCAACACACUUUAGUACGUGUCUCUUUGAUUAGGCUUAACGAGGAUUUAACGCGUGUUGGAUCUUUCGCGUCUCUCUGACAGGUUUUCUUGGCAAUUGGAUAUACUGUUCAGUCGGGGGAUGGAACGAAAUAUAAAUUCCUUUUUCCGUUGCUAUUCGUGAUUUUUUUUUAAUAAGCGAAUGCUCUUUGUUUCUUCGAGAUGGAGCAAAUUAAUUAUUGGAGAAAUUGUUAUUUAUCGUUGGUUUUGUGGUAAUUUAAUUAUUCCCCUUUUUAUUUACUUUAUUCUUUUCGUUUCGUUUUCUUCCCGAUGAAAUGAUCUUUAAUAGCCCACUCAUCAGAAAUUUAAUCGGAGGCUUUCGAUCGAUAUUACAAAAUUGCGCGUAUUGAACGUUGUAGUGAAUAGUGUUAAUAAUUAAAAUUAAUUAUAUCGAAAUCAGAUUGGAAUAUUAAUUUCUGGAUAAAGAGAAUUUUAAUAAUUACUAUUAAUCUAAUUGACUAUAUGUAAUUACAAAUCAAUUGAAUUUAAUCGUUAAUUCGUUACGCGUACACAUUAAUACGUGGAACAUUCAAAUAGAAUGAAAUAAAAUCAAAUAAGAGAUCGAUUUAUCAAAGACAUCACUAUCGAAUCUAACCUUAGCAGCAAUUUUAAAAUACCAAAAUAUCUCUUUCGUUUAAUCUCCCCCAUCCAGUGACGUACCAUAUCCAUUCCCCUUUACCAGAAUUCAUUACAGGACACGACCCAACAUCUAAUCCAAUAAAAAUUUCGCUUUUCUCGCAUCCUUCGAAUCUCCGUUUGCACACACCGUCGGAAUAUCGAAUGCUCUCCCCCACCACCAGGAUGAUUCGAUCAAAUUCACCAAGAAGACUUGGCCAACCCCUCUCCUCAACCAACGCAAAUUCGAGCAAAAUCGCGACCAUGUCGUGACCCAUUAUCCAGUCACCACGUUCGACUCCGAAUCCAGUUCAAGCACGGACCUUUGCUUGGAAUCGGCUCGUAAAACGAUCUCGACGCCGAUUUUGCAGGCGAGCGGUGACAACGUGAGAAACGAUUACAGAAAUGUGAGAACCCGAGCGUACGUGAAAAAUGCAAAAAAGAAAAGCGACUCGAUGGUGAAGAAAAACGACAUUAUCCUGAAACAAUCGUCCUCGUUCAUCGCCACCAACUCUGAAUUACCGAUCGUCGAUAUAUCGGCGUUCGAUUACGACGCGUACCGGUUCAAAUUGGUAGAGACGGCAUUGAGGAAUCAAUACAACAAUUAUCAACCACCUGGCGACGUUGUCAUGAACUCCAUCCAUUUGAACAACAACGAUUCCACGAUCGCUUUGAGACUGAACAAUCAGUAUCACCACAGCCUGUUCGACUUUGUGGAGGAGUAUUACGACGCGACCAAGGGUAUGAGCAAAAAGGAAACCGAGUAUUUGCAUCCAUUGGAUCAUUUUCUGAUAAAGGGGACGCAGAAGCCGGAAACGGUGGAGAAGGAAACGGAAACGAAGCGCGUGGAGAUGGCCGACGUUGGUGGACAGGAUGAAAGAUCGCCCAAGAUUUCGUUUUACGAUGAUACCGUUGUGGAUGGCUCGAUACAGAGGAGACAAGACCUGGUCGUUAAGGGAAGCUUGAAACCGUCGAAACCGAGGCCAUCGAGCGCAGGAGCGGACUCGACCACUUCGAGGCUAUCAACGUUGCCACGGUCCACGAUCAAGAAGAGCGCGACGAAAUUCUCCAGGACGAAUUCGAGCACCGAUUCGGGGAGCUCGAAGCGGGAAACGUUCUUCUUCAACUCGCACAGACGCGAGGACAAAAUUCUGUCGUUCAUCGACGGAGUCGAAAGGGAGUCGAUGAAUUGCUCGACUAUCAGCUCGAUCGACACCGAGAGUGUACGCAGCAUGUCGAGCAAGUAUCGAGACAUUCACUCUUCCCACUCCCGCGAUUCAUCGAUCGGCUCGAGGCCAUGCGUCGCGGAGAAGCCGCACUUUGUGCCCUGGCUGGCCGGAAAUCCGGAGAAAUCGUUCAACAAGAAGUACGUGAACCCUGAUAGGAUAUCGUUGAGGGCGUCGGAAACGUGCAAGAAAAAGAUGUCGAGGAAAUUGAGCAACUCGUUCAAACACCGGACUAGCAAACUGUCCAUUCAAAAUAACUCGGGAUGGGUGGAUCAGGCGGUGAAAAGUCUUCCCCAAUUGGACAAGAAUUCGGGGAAAGAUGGGUCGAGGUUGGUUGCCGCGAGUAAGGACGAAGAGGCGAGAUCGAACGUUCAAGUUGGCAAACUGGAGGUGAUCAAAAGCGAGACUGAAAAGUUGGCGAAGAUCGAUUUACCAUCCGUGGGUAAUUUGUCGGCGAGGAACGAUUCGCUGACCCGUUCGCGCCGUUCCUCGAUUAAGAAUCCGUCCGAGGGGAGCUCGCCAAGGGUACAGGCGCGGAAAACGAUCGAUUCGUUGAUGGAGAUGGCGGGAGAUUCCGGCGAGGAGACGAGAUUAGCAGCGCAGACCAGGUCGAAGAGGGCCACGAGCGAGGAUGAAAACGCGGAAGAGUACUCGAGGAGAUUGUCGGGGAAACAGGAGCAGCCGGCUGAGAAACUCGGCAAAGUUUCGAGCGACAGGAAACAAGGCUCGCGAAACGUCAGCCCUGUGCUACUGGCGAAACAACAGUCUGCGCCGAAACCGGAACUUUCCACGGAAUCGUUCCCCACGAAAGACGAGAUUCGAGAAAACCUUCGCCAAACGGGUUUCGACAGGUUGAAGAGUAACGAGAAACGGAAAGAGACGUCGGAGAUGAAUGUGAAAACGAGAGAUGGUAUUAAGAGGAUAUAUCAGGAUGGGCAACAGGCGAGGAUGGGUCAAAAUUCCCCUAGAUCGAACGCGUACGAGAGGAGGAACACGAGCGACUCGUUAACGAGAAGCAAGGAAGAGGAGAAGGCGAGCGAGGUUGGUCGUAGGAAAACUUCGAGCGGGAUCAAGAAUUUUGGUAAAAGCAACGCGAAUAAGAUGCCCUUCGAAAAGGCGAAAAGCUUGCAUCAAAGGGUGACGGGUUCGAAAUUGAACACCGAUAACGUGAGCAGCGCUCGAUCGAUGCAGAUCAGCAAGUCGAGCAAGCCGCUAAUGGGCGAGAUGAAGUGUUCGAGGGUUGGGAAGAUGGAGAGAGUCGGAUUCGAGUCGAAUCGGAUUCAAGAAUUGAAGGAAAACGGGCCAGACGACUUGAAAUUGCCGCGUCGUGACUCGAAGGCUGGCAUAGCUAUGCAGGCGGGAUUGAAGAAGUAUAUCAAGAAGUUGAAACGGGUGUUGUCCGAUCGCGACAACACGAAUAUCGGUGAGUUGGCCUCUUUGAGCCUUACCGACGCCAUCUUGCCCGAUCUUGAGUCGACGUUGUCGUCGGUCGAGGUCCAGGAGGUGCAGAAUCUGUUGAACAUGGCCGAGAAGAAGUCCGAGUUGUUGCAGAAGAAUAUUUCUGUAUUGUGAUAUGUUUUCCUUUCACCCUCUGUACAUAUAUAUAUUUUUCUUUCUCUCUUUCUUUUAAGCGAAAACAAUUUCUACCAUACCAAUGCCUCUCCCCCUCCUCCUAUACGAAUCGAUCCGCAAUCUUUUUUUAAACCAUUUUUUUGAUAUCCCUUCAACCUUCGUUUACGAUACGAUUCCACUUGUUUUCACUCGAAGAAAACGCUCUGUAUAUCCAUUUCAUUGAUAUAUAUAUUGCAACAAUUAUACAUCUCUCGAUUUGGGAACUUUUUGUGAAACAGACAAUUUUAUUUCCGUGAAAGAAUCUGUAAACUUUGAUAUAAUGUAAUUUGCUAUAAUAUAGUUUGAUGUAAUAAUAUAUAAUUUCAUUAUAUUU